AGAAAUUAAGACAGCUAAGAAGUUCCUGUUGAUAGGAAGCUAGUGUACGUCCUUGAGCACUGAAACUAGAAACGAGACGUGCUACGGGUAAUCAGACGUAAAGAAACGCGCUCCAUUGAGACGUAAGUGCUGUAAUGAGAUGUUUUGUAGAACCCCGUGAGAAAGACGUUUUAAUUUAAAAAGACAUUGGCCCAACCACAAAAACCAGGAAACAAAUACCCUCAGCGGAAGAACAGCGGAAGUUAAUAUUAAUACACCACUCUGGAAAGACUGGAGAGGAGUGCUUGAACGCCUGGCGAUGUCUGCAUAGGGGAUCUUGUGGCAAAUGACAUGACCGUUCCAGCGAAAACCGCGGAGCACGAUUCUAUCUCUGAGUGACGCAGACAAUUAUUUCGGGAUCUUUACGAAAGAAACCGUCGAAUACAUCCUCCUGCAGGCAGCCAACCCGUGGUGUUCUAGGAUUAGGAAGUUGGUUUGCUUGUUUUUAUUCAGAUACUCAUGUUUAGUUAAUGACAUCCUGGAGCAAUAGGAAUUUUCCUCGCAAAGCCACCAUGGACAUGUCAUUUGUUGCUUCAGAAAAUGUUACAAUUUUGUUUAAAAGCUGGAAAGUGUCAAGUGUUGGAGGAUUGGUUGGUUCAUGCAUUGCAGUAAUCGUAAUUGCUGUUUUCUUUGAGAGCCUAAAGUCUUACAAAGUCCACAGACAUAAACCAUGCAGGAGAAGUUCUGAAAAGACUCCGCUUAUUAAACAGCCACAUAAGAUUCAGAUGAGGUUUGAGAUGACUGAUCACCUCAAGAAAACUUGUCUGUUUUUUGUCCAGUUCCUUUUUGGUUACUUUUUGAUGCUGGUAGCCAUGACGUACAAUGUUUGGUUGUUUCUGGCUGUUAUCAUUGGUUGUGGUUUAGGUCAUUUUCUAGCAGCCCCUUACAUAGAGUAUUUCUUUAACAGGCGCAAACAUGCCAGUGAGGUAUUUGAUAGUGGCAUAGCCUCUGCAUCAGCACCAACUUUUAGUUUAUGAAAUAAUGUCACAAAUCAAUCUGUUGUACUCGGAGGAGUAUUGAUGUAUAUGUAUUGAUUUGACUUAAAACAGGGAUAUGACUGCCACAUGCAGUAAAUGUGAAAUGAAGGCAUGUAAGUCCUGCCUUUGGCACAGCUACAAUAAGGGAAAUGUCUUAAACUGAAAUGAUACAACACCUUGGGCAGAAAAUUUAAUUAGGACAGGUCUUCCAUAAUGGUUUUGCUGUCCUAUCCCAAGUUGUUUUCAAUUUGACUUUGGGGGUGUGCACUAUUAAAAUAAGUUUAUUAUUAAACAAAAGUAACAAAUUGAACGAUGCUACAACCAAAUAAUAUUAUCAUUACUGUACAAAUGUAUGUUGAAGAUAUCAGGGCAUUAUGUCUUGAUUGAUGCUGCAACAUCAAUUUCAUAGUGCAGCACCAGAUGUGACAGAUGGUGGCAGUUUCUUAUCCAGAAAUGAUGAUUUGAUGGUGGCAUGGGGUGAACACAAAGUCAAAACGUUUUCACCCAAAGGGUUUCAGUGAUUCUUGCUUAAAGCACUAGCUGUUGUUUUCACAUUUUCCAAGUGCCAUUUUCCUUUUUUAUCUAGUAGUUCCUGUGAUGUGUGUUCCAGCUAGUACUGUAAAAGGUACAAGUACUAGGAUAACUCUUAUAUUUAACGAUUAUUCCACAAGCAAGCAUUGGGUAUGAGAAGAAAGAUAUAGCUAAGGAAGUGCAUAGCAUCUGUUUGGCUAAAAAUAAUCAUCUCAUAUCCAAUAAGCAAGAGUGAAAUAAUUGUUUUUAUUAACAAUUGCCCAAAAUACGGAAAAUUAAAAUAUAGUGAAAAUAAAAAUGCCCAAAAAUAUUACUAACAAGUCUUUAGUCAUAGUACUUUUGUGAACUCAACUUAUGGCAUCUUGGUCCAUAAAUCAGUCCUGAUGUUGGUUCCCUCAAGUAAACAUAAUUUGAUCAUAAAUAUAUGAUGAGAGGCAUAAGAACAGCUUGGCACUCAAGUUUACAUUAACAUGCUUCAGGUUUUUAUGAUGUGUAGUCACAUAUUACAUAAAGAGAAAUAAAGAGAAAUGAACAAAACAAGAGAGGCUUUAAUUAAAAAUCAAUUUCAGAGAUGAGUAAAGACUUCUAAUGUAAUAUAUUGACCUGAUUUUGAAAUAAUUAUUUACAAGGUAUUUAUAGCCUAUAUAGCUGUGAUUUGUAAAGGACUAGAUAUAUUACGAACAGCUGGCAGUAUGUAUAAUAAAAUUAGAUAAAAAACCGUG